CCAAUAUCCAAAAUGGCAGACGAAAGACAGCCAUUGCUCAGACAUAGCACAGAAGAGGCGCGCUUGACUGCGUCGCAGGUACCGGCUCAUGAGGUUACGACAAGUGCGCAGGAGUACCCUGACUACCCGAUUGAUCAUGGGCGUGUUGCUUGGAUGCAAGUUUUGGGUGGAUUUAUCUUGUUUGCAAACAGCUGGGGACUACCGAACGCGUUUGGAGUAUUUCAAACGUAUUAUGUCGACACUCUAAUGCCGGACCAAGAUGCGUCCUCCAUUGCAUGGAUCGGUUCCAUCCAGCUCUUCUUCACCACGAUUGGCUGCCUACCCGCAGGAGUGCUUCUCGAUCGAGGAUACCUCAAGAGUAUUAUCGCUGUCGGCACUGUUCUAGAAGUGGCCGGAUUAGUCCUCACUUCGCUCUCUAAGGGCUUCUGGCCAAUCCUGUUCGCUCAAGGAGUAUGUAUGGGAGUCGGCAGCGGUCUCAUGGCGCUCAUACCCGUCGCAGUUCUUGCUAUGUUCUUCGAGAAGAAGAGGAUGUUAGCUACUGGACUGGCUUCCACAGGCGCUAGUGUCGCUGGAAUCAUAUACACGCUCUCGAUGCGCUCCCUCUUCAUCAGUGUCGGCUUCUCGUGGGCUGUACGCAUCUUCGCGCUCAUCGUCUUAGCGACCAAUGCCAUUGCCUUUACAGUCAUGAAACUCCAGUUUCAGUAUGGAUCCAAGGGCUCGAAGUUCAGCCUACAUCACUUCAAGGACCUGCCUUACUCGGUGUUUGUCGUUGCUUUCACUCUUUUUGUUGCAUCGUCGUUUGUGCCGUUCUUCUUUAUCCAGGAGUACGCGCUGCAGUUGGGCGUUUCAAAGGACAUGGCGUUCAAUCUGCUUAGCAUCAUGAAUGCCGCGAAUAUCUUCGGGCGCUUUGUUCCGAACUACAUUGCGGACAGAUAUGGCGGCGUUAAUACCCUCCUCCCCCUUAGCAUAGCUUGCAUCAUCACUCUCUGUCUCCUUCCGCUCGCACAAACCGUCUCCUCCCUCAUCGCCAUCAGCAUCGUGUAUGGUUUUCUCUCUGGGGGAGUCAUCAUCAUUCCUGGACCUACCAUCACCGAUCUUUCCCCCUCUAAGGCCGAGAUGGGCGUUCGACUGGGGCUUGCCUACCUUGUCGCUAGCUUCGGUGGCCUUCUUGGCAAUCCACUGAUGGGAGCGAUUAAGGGUGAUGGAAAGAAUGCUGUAAGUAAUUUCAGCGGCCUAUGGUUCUGUGCAGCGGCGGUUAUGGGGGCGGGUGUUUUUGCACUGAUUGCAACACGGUGGCUGAAGUUGGGUUCUCCUCUCGCCGUGGGCAGGGUUUAGGUCGUGUCAGUUUUAUUAGAGUACACGGGAGUUUUCUCUAAUCCUGUACCGGCUAGACAUUCCACUAUUGAAGACAAGUUCUUGAUAUGUCUCCUUACUGACUGGGUCAAUGUUGGAAGCCAAACUAGUAGAACAGUAGUC